AUGAUUUCACGACCAUUCGUCGCACUGGCUCAUCUCGUCGCGAUUGUCACGGCAACUUCAAUACCGAUAUGUGUCAAAGAUUCCAGUGUCACGACUCCAUCCACCAUCGCUUCCCUAUCAAACUAUACCACCCAAUUUUGCACCCAAAUUGCUUCGAGCAACUUUACAUCCAGUGCCAAUAACUCUAAUAUGGAUUAUGCCUUGAUUUCUACCAUUUCGCUUGACUUCACCUCCACUACAACCAAGUGUUCUGGGGAUAAUAACUCGGCUGCAAACUGCGAGAAUGUGUAUAGUAUUCUUCUGUCUGGCUGCGGAAAUAACAAUUCCACAAUCACGGGAUCGGGAUCUAUCGAUACGGAUUGUGGUAUAUACGCUUUCCAACUUAUAAAUACCAAUACCAAUAAGACGAAUGCAAAUGCAACGACACCAUUGAGUAAGAGUGGGAGUGGCAAGACGAGCGGGGUUAGUUAUUGUAUGGUUACGGGCAGUGUGCUGUGUGGUGUCGCGGCUCUAUUCGGAUGGUUUCUAUGA